GCAAAAAAUGUAGCUGGAUGCAAAAGAAGUAAAGUGCGUGAGAAUUAUGACGUCGAGAGAAAAUCGGAUUUUACCACAGAAGAACAAAAGUUUAUUUAUUCCCUGACACGAGAGAGCAGCAAGUGUCAGCUGGGCUUCAGUUUCCUGUUGCUUAUUUGUAUCGCUUGUAUGUAGUUUAUUAAUUCACUGUACUGUCUAGUUAUUACUUAUUUAAAGGUUUAAUUUAUUUUCUAGUGGUGUAUAAGCGGUAUACAUACUAAAUUUAUUGACUUUAUCCUAAAUUAAUAAACUAAAAACCGACUUUUGUGGGGGUUUGAUUAGCGUGUUUUGUUUACUGCCAUUAAGAAUGUCAUCGGAAAGACCAAAGAGAUCACGCAAAAUAAUAAAUUACGAAGAAGAUACGCUACAUUGGGUGGAACAGAAAGAACUGCACAAAGCUUUAAUGAGAUCUUUACAAGAAAAAGAAUCACCUUUAAAGAAUGAAUCACAUAAUCAACUAGGAGACAUUCAUGGAGGUUUAAAGGAAAAUCCAGAACCAGAAAUAUGUCUGAAAAAGAUAGAAAACACUGAAACAAGUUCAUCAACUGUAAAGAUCCUACGUAAUCCACGGGUUGCAGCUCUGUCUCCAAGAGUUUUACUAACUUCACUUGACUCACACUCUAGUUCAAAUGAGUCUGACCGGGAAGAUGUUAAAAGAAGGAAAAAGAAAGUAAAACCUAAAACAAAAUAUACCAAACAUAGGAGUAUUGUUGGCCAUAACAACAAAGCUGAAAAGAAGGUUACAAAUAAACAUGAGGACUCGUGUGGUCUUAGACUAACGAGACUGCAAUCAAAACUUCUUGAAGAAGCUGAACUAUUUAAACCAAUGAUUAAUUCUAACAAGAACUUUCUAGAAACCUGUGAAUCAUCCUCUGCUCAUGAAAUGGCUAUGUGUCAAGUAACUCUAGAAAACAUUGCUGGUGCCUUGAAUGACAGUAACCUACAAACCCCUAGAAAAAAACUAUUGUUUAACAAAGAUGGUGUCACUGAAUCCAUGAAGAAUGAUGUUGAGAGCAGCCCAUCCUCACGUCUCCGUGCUCAGCGAAAGUUUGCAUCAAAUGCAUCCCCUCCUCAAACACGAAGUAACAGUCCUGUCAAAAUGCACAGACAAAAACAAACUGUGGCUUGGAAUUCAACCAAGGAAAAAAAGCAAAAAUUAAUCUCCACACACCCUGAACUAGUAGGGUUCGCAAAGUCUUCGAAAACUGUGACACAAGUUGAAACCAAAGUUGUCAGAAAUGGAAACACACGCAGUAAAAUACGUAACACUAGAAAACCAAAAUCAGUUUUUAAUGGUGUCCCGAAAACAGAUGCUUUCCUGUCUUACCUAUGCUUCAGAAACACUUCUUUAAAAAGAAACUUGUUUGAUUAAACUACUUUGUUUUCACAAUAUAAUCUUUUGGUUUUAUUCCAUAAAUACACAGAAUGAUGCAUCAGGUUAA